GUCCGUGAUUUUGCUGCUGCUCAUCAUCUACUUGUUUUCCAUCCUCUUCUCCGACGCCUACCUGACCACCAUGACCAUGCCAUCAGACCCCCCAGUCAACGUUGAUGAACUGCGAAACUUCUUUGGAAGCCUGCAGAUUUCAAUGUUCACGCUCCUCGUCUUGGCUGCAUGCAAUGUCAUCCUUGAACAUGGUUGGCUGGGUGUGGACUUCCCUCUUCAUUCUGUUGCGCGAGCUGAGUCUGCUUCUUCCGUCAAGGCAUCGGCGCCGGCCACGGCGUUUGCUGGCACUGUUGCGGUUCCGAGUCACACCUUCGUGGCAGGUACGCCUGGAAAGCACGUGCGUUGGGUCAGCGCCUGGGCAAAAUGUGGCUGCAGCAGAACCUGUGCCAAAAGCUACCGCGUAGACAUGGGGGCACUGGAGGAGAGAGUCUUCCGGGCAACUCUCGUCGAGCAUGGGGAGCAUCCCGAGUCAUCGACGACAGAGUUUGAUCGAGCACGAUGGCACAGAGCGCAAGCCGUUGCGCGUGCGUCCAUUGCAGCGGCACGCGCACUUACUGGGCGCCGGGGACACGGACGUGCCCAUGCCAACCGAGCAGGUGCCAGGUGCCACAAGAACACAGCGCUUGUUGAGCUGCAGAAAAGGCGGCUCCAGGUGAUGUUUCUUCCGAACCUAAGGCUUUCACUGAAAGACAGUGUUUGCGUCGAGUUUGCACUGUCAUGGAUUCCGGAGUACACAAGAAUGAAGAAGACUUGCGAUUCAUCCAGUCCAGGACAUCCGGCCACGAAAAGCCAAAAAGGGAGCACGUCCCCAGAAGUGACACCGGCUUCCAGGGAUGCGAAGUCGAAUGUGUUGGUGUCCGCCGUCUUGGUGGCCGUUUCGGUGUUUCUGGUGGCUGUGAAUUCCUGUCGCUGCCGCAACAUCGGCCUUGUUGUCGUCUCGCGCAGUUGGUCGAAUGCCCAGGAGUGUGAGGUAGGAUGUGGAGCUCCAGCACGUCGAUCGCAAAGGUGCGGCGGUGGACGGCUUACCUCGAACACACCCGAGCUCCACGUGUUUUUUUUUGCAAUGAAGAUCGGUCAUGACGGGGGCCUCUUGGACUUUACGAGAAAGCCGUUUUGUGUUGUACGUGCACAUCUCGGAGUUGUGUUUUGCCAUUCUGCAAUCGCUGGUGCUGAGCAAGACCAUGAGUUCAUGGUCCAGUCCAUGGUGGGCGAGCAAGAACGGAUACGGACAGUGUUCUGUGAGCUCUUCCAGAUGAUGGACCACGACGAGAGUGGCAUGAUCACGAUAAAGGAGUUCGAGCAUGGCUUCAAGGUGGAGAGCACGAGAGCAUGGUUCGAGGCAUUGGGCAUCAAGGCAGAGGAUGCAUGGACAAUCUUCCGUAGCCUGGAUCGAGAUGGUGAUCACCGAAUCGGGAUCAGCGAGUUUGUGGAGGGCUGCAUCAACAUCCGUGGGCCCGCGAGGGAGGUCGACUUGAUGCGACAGUCCCAGAGGACACACCAACAACUGCAGGCAGUUGAAGGAACUCUUGUGGACAGCCUCGUCCUCUUGAAGGACGUCGCUGCGCAGCUCAUCGACACGUCGGAGUCCAUCAGGGCAUCGCAGUCUCAU